AUGGCUAAAGCAAGCAAAGGUCAAGAAACUCGACGAUUGACGCCGGCGAGAAAAUCAAAAGUUCAAGAAAGUAUGUGAAAAUUGAUCCCGAAACUGUUUUUUUAAACAUUGUUUGGUUUUCAGAAAAAUCCGCAAAGGUUGAGAAGCCGAAACCGCCAAAACGAACUAAAGGAGCCAAGUCUACUGAAACAAAAGCGUCUCAAAGUUCAAAAGUAUAUGAAAUUGACAAAAUCACCAGUCACAAAUUGUACAAUGGUCAGUUUGUGAAAUACGCUGUGACGUGGGUUGGUUAUAAGAACGAAAAGACAUGGAUGACCGAACUCGAACUGGAUGAUGCACCUGAUGCUCUAGCCGAUUACAAAUUCAAAGUUACAGGACAACACUAUGAAAAUGAUGGGAAGUCUUAUGUCAUUCAAGAAAUUUUGGGACAUCGGGAUGUCGGGAACAGUCGAUAUUAUUUAGUUCAUUGGAAGGGAUAUGAUAAUCCAGUAGACCAUAGUGAAAUGCUUGAAGAAGACUUGUCAGAGGCUACAGCUGUUCUAAAUGCAUACAAAUCAAAACUUUCGUCGAAAAUCGGAAACGAUAAAAAACCAGCGAUUCAAAAGAAGAAGAAUAUCAAGAAGAAAUCGCCCAAAGCUUGA